AAGCUUUUAAGCAUAUCCGAUCCCUAAAACCAGCCAAGCCCUCUCCCAAACUCAUCCCGAUCUCUUCAACCCCAAUUCCCAACCUUUUCCCACCCGACCACAAUCCCAUCCCCGGAUCCGUUCCCCAUCAAGAACCACAGAACCCACCCGAUGAUGGACUCCCUCAAAUCCUCCUCCGCGCGUAAACUCCCCAUCAAGCGUCGUCCCCCUCCUCUCUCCUCCUCCUCCCCUCCUUCCCCUUCCCCUUCCCCUGACCCUGACCCUUCCUCCACUCUCCCCUACUCCGACGAUGCCGCCGACGAUGAUCCUUCCUCCGACUCCCUCCAUCCUCCUCCUUUCAAGUUCCAGCGCAUCUGGUCUGAGUCUGAUGAGAUCCGCUUCCUCCAAGGCCUUCUCGGCUGCCACGCUCAGUCCAUGGUCUUCCCCCGCGACCUCAAUCUCUUCUUUGAUCGCUUCUCUGAGCACAUGGCUCAGCCUUUCACUCGCUCUCAGCUUUCCGAGAAGCUCCGACGUCUUCGCACCAAGUUCCGCAUCAUGUCCGGUCGUAUCCACCGUGGCCAGGACCCCUCCCGUCUUGCCCCCCAUGACCGCGACAUCCUCCACCUCUGCACUCGGCUUUGGCACCCCGACUACGCUGCCACCUCCCCUUUCUCCUCUCCUGAUGCUGGUGGUGGCAGCAACAAGCGCCGUCGCCGUAACCCUCGCCCACUCCCCUCUGCCUCUCCUUCUCAACCUCCUCCCCUUCUCCCUGCUCUUCCUGCUCCCCAGGAAGAUGAUAAGAGUGCUGUGAAUCUUCUUGGUGAAAAUGAACCUCCCCAGAUCUUGGCCAAGGAGGAGGAGGAUGAUGUUGUUGUUGCUGGUGAGGAAGAGGUCGAUGGCCUUGCUAUCAAUGGGGUUGUGCCUGAUGAGCCGGAGGUUAAACCUAAUGCGCUUCCUGUUAAAAUUGCGGAAGCCACUGGCUUUGGAACAAUUCGGACGCAUGGAGGAGGGAAUUUGGUGAAAAAGAUUGUUUUGGAUGUUUUCAAUGAGUGUGUGAAGGAGGUACAGAAGGCGCUGGAUGAUCGCCGAGUUGAGCAUAUGGAGACUGAGUUGUCAAGGAGGUGGAGGGAGCAGCAGGCGCUUGAGCUCGAUGUCUUGUCUCGUCGUCUGAGGUUGGUUCUUGAACAUGUAACACCUUGAUUGAACUUAAUAAAUGGCUGUCUGGUCUUUCUAACCUUGUAUAGGAAAAUAGAUCCAUUGGACAUCUCUUGGAUUCUUCUUUAGGUUAUCUUUUUUUUUGCCCCUCUAUAUUAGAUUUUGAUGAAUCUGUAAGAUGUCCUGCUAUUUUAUCAGUGAGAUGGUUAGUAGCAUUUAUCUAUAAUGUCUUACAAUGUUUUAUCUUAUUUUGUUUUUGUGCAA